GGAGUGAACGCCCUCCCAGGCGCAGUUUGCUGAUGCAGUUUGGACCAGAGUGAAGCACAAGACUGAUCAUCUUAUCUGUCUGAAUACCUAGAAGCAAGAUGUCCUACACAACAUCUACCAGUUCUUCUUAUAGGAAGAUGUUUGGAGGGGACAAAAGCGCGGUCAGGAGCUACUCCGGCCGCCAGUUCUCCGGCCCGACAGUGCGCUCCUCCUCCCGGGUAUCCUUCGGUCUCUCCUCCGCACCGACCGUUUACGCAGCGAAAAGCCAAAGGCUCCGGAGCAGCGGGGCCAUGCCCCGGCUGUCCUCCGACAACCUGGACUUCGCCCUGUCCGACGCCAUCAACAGCGAGUUCAUGACGAACCGCACCAACGAGAAGGCGCAGAUGCAGUCGCUCAACGACCGCUUCGCUAACUACAUCGAGAAGGUGCGCUUCUUGGAGCAGCAGAACAAGAUCCUGCUGGCGGAGCUGGAGCAGCUGCGGGGCAAAGGCACGACCCGCGUGGCGGAUCUGUACGAGGACGAGAUGCGGGAGCUGCGGAGCCAGGUGGACCAGCUCACCAACGAGAAGGCCCGCGUGGAAGUUCACCGGGACAACCUGGCAGACGACCUCGACCGGCUGAGAGAGAAGUUGCAGGAUGAGAUGUCCCAACGUGAAGAGGCCGAGUCAAACAUGCAGAGCUUCAGACAGGACGUGGACAAUGCUGCCCUCGCCAGACUGGACCUGGAGCGCAAAGUGGAGUCGCUCCAAGAGGAAAUCAACUUCCUUAAAAAGCUGCAUGAUGAGGAAAUCCUGGAGGUGCAGAGCCAGAUCCAGCAGCAGCAUGUGCAGGUGGAAAUGGACUUAGUUAAGCCUGACUUGACAGCAGCUCUGAGGGACGUCCGUCUGCAGUAUGAGAACCUGGCAUCCAAAAACAUCCAGGAGUCUGAAGACUGGUACAAAUCCAAGUUUGCUGACCUCACCGAAGCUUCCGCCAGGAAUACCGAGGCUUUGAGAGCGGCCAAGCAGGAGGCCAACGACUACAGGCGCCAAGUUCAGACACUUACUUGUGAAGUGGAUGCCCUUAAAGGAACUAACGAGUCCAUGGAUCGUCAGAUGAGAGAAAUGGAGGAUACAUUCUCCCUGGAGACAAACGGCUACCAUGACACCAUUGGCCGUCUGGAGGAGGACAUUCACAACAUGAAGGACGAGAUGGCCCGUCACCUCCGGGAGUAUCAGGACCUCCUGAAUGUCAAGAUGGCCCUGGACAUCGAGAUUGCCACCUACAGGAAGCUGCUGGAGGGAGAGGAGAGCAGAAUCACCACUCCUCUGCCUAACUUCUCAUCACUGAACCUGAGAGAUGCAAUGCUUGAUUCCAAACCACAUGUUGAAACCACAACAACUAAGAAGGUUCUCAUCAAGACCAUCGAGACCAGGGACGGUCAGGUGAUCAACGAGUCGACCCAGAACCACGAUGACAUGGAGUGAUCGCGUCUCUGUCUCUGCAAAACAACCAACAGAAGCAAUACGAAGAAACACACAGUUCCCUGUAGCCACAAGCAACACGCCACCAAACCCCACAACACACUAAACAGCUUAAAAAAAAGUGCCUUUAUAUGUCAUGAUCCAGUGAGUCUGUAUUUUUUGCUUCCUCCUCUGCUGCAAGUGUUUUGUCACAUUUGUUGAGACACAAUAAUGGAACCAGCACAACAUAGAAAGCCUCGCUGAGGUCGACAAGAAACCUCCUGUGUUACCAAAGUAGCAUAAUAUUUGAUCCAUAGAGCAUGCACACACCAGGAAAUAUGUAUGCUCAAUAUGUCACAAUUGCCUGUAUGCAGCAAUAAACCAGUACCACUGAAAAUCAA